CAUUGUUGAAUUCGUUUUGUUUAAGAUAUUUGACAAAAGUGCACGACCGAAUUUUGCAAUCAGACUUGAAAAUCAGUUAGACUCUUAACAUUCAGAACUGUUCAUAUAUUUUAAAGAAAUGACAUCAACUACGUUAACGGUGCGUUUGCAAGAUUCGCUUUAGCGAAGGUAGUUUUGGAAACAAAAUCUGUAUUUUCGGAUUAAAUACGGUGGGUGUUAGUUAUACGUAAAUGUAUGAGAAAGCUGCAGGAAUAGUUCGGACCCAUGUCAAUAUUCAAGAGCAAUGGGGUUAAAUGAUUUUUUAAAUGAAAGGAAUAUAAAGUGGGGGAAGUUUUUUUCAAUGAUUUUAAACGUUUAAUAAUCGGCUUAGGUAGGAUCAGCUCGAUAUUUGACUUUCAAAGAUUAAUUAUAAACAACUUUAAAUUGAAUAUGAUAUGGACGGAUAUAUUAUAUUGAAGAUCAACUUUUUUAAAGUGCAAUUUUGCAAAAAAAAAUUAAUCAUUUUGCAUGAAAACGGUAUAAAUAUUAUGGAUAAUUAUUAGGAGACCUUGUCGCAUGAGGUCCUUUAUACUGUUAAUAAGAAUAUCAAAUUUCUUUUACGAUUAUAAAAGAUAGCUGCCGACUUGAAUACUGAUUUAAAAGUACAGAUUUGAAAGAAGUGUUAAAUAAGAGUACAAAUAAAUGUUUUCAUUUAAACAUUAGACUUGCCUUUAAAGCAUGAUAUUGUUAAUACAAAAAUUGAUUUAAACUUGACCAUGAACUCAUUGUCAUAGAAUUGAUAUGAACAAACAAGAGAAUAUGGAUUCAUAUCGCGUACAAGUUUGAAAGCUGAGAAGGAGGUAAUAUGGAAUAAGUAUAAAACAAGAGAGAACAAGAGAGAGCAGAGAGGAAAGAAGACAUAAAGUAAUAAAGACGGAGUAAAAGACGGAUAAAGACAAAAAAGAUGCAUUUGUUGAAAAGCGUAACAAAGAAACAAGCGACAGUGGAGAGCUAGUUGAAAUGCCGUAAGUGCGACGCAGGUAUAUCAUCAUUUGGAAAGAAAUGAUAUGAUAGUACACCCGUGACAGAGUUAAGAAUGAGAUGUAGUGUGAGAUGUAGAAGACCACAGUGUAGAGACAUUGACCUUCAACACAGCAGACCCACUGAUUUCAUCACAUCAAAGUUUCUCAGUCCAUGGUUCGGCCUAGUGUGGAGCGUCAUCUGGUUGCUGUUCUUUACCACCACUCUGCUGUUAGAUGUGUUCUACUCCACUCGUAAAGAGCACCGCAAAUACUGGCUGCUCUAUUUGAGGAACUGGUCUUACUGUCUUAUGUCGUUGACACUGACCUGUGAAACGACGGUUCGGCUCCUGGGUUCGAUAUCUUCAAACCGUUUGCUUAAAGGAGCAAGGAUGCCAGUUAUUUUGAAGGUGCAGUGGAUUCUCUACAGUACUAACAACGUCGUCGCUGUAACACAUACAGUGAUGCAUGUGUCCAUAUUGUAUGAAGGUCUGGACUUUGAGACUAUCAACAAAGUGCUGCUCACUACCAUCUACGUCAUCACAAACAGCGUCUUUGUAACACGGAUUCCGGUCAAGUUUCUUCACUGUUACCAAGCGCCCGUUUUCAUCCUCUUUCAUGCAAUAACGUGUGCUGUAUACCAGUCUUCCAAACAAUCAAGCGAUUUCCGGUUUUAUCUAGACUGGUCUCGACCAAACAAAAGUGGUGCUAUUCUAGUCAUUGUGAUUGUUGUCUCCAUUAUUGUUCACUGUGUAUUCUUUUCAAUCUACAAACUACUGGUUCUACUGUACAAAAGGUUUUUCUCUGGGGUGAAAGAAAUUCCUGACGAUAUAGGGAGUGUGGAAAAUUUACAUAGACAUGCUACUGCCACAGAUGUUGUUAUAGACGAAAUACGCACACAGGAAGAGGUGGAUUUCACUCCUAAUACCAAAGAUGACCUUGACCUUAAGGCAAGCUCGUCCGAAAGAGAUGAAGAAUUCAAUAAAAGGUGUUCACGCUUAUUCAAAAGUGAGUCAGAUCUUGGUGAUUAUCGAACGAAAAAUGGGCUUUAUUGCGAUUUUCUUGACUCGAGAGUUUUGUUUCAUAAUAGACGAAUGAGUGAUGUAGGUCAAAUGAAAACUCGCACAAAUAUUUCCCCACGAGUAACUGUAAUUGUUGUUCAGAAAUAUUGUGAAGAGGACGAAAUGGAUGAUUCUGAAAGUUGUGAUUUAAGUUUUGACUCGACAGAGUCAACCCAGUGUCCGCAAGACGAGAGUCUUUAAGUUACUAAUACUAUUAUUAUUAUUAUUAUUAUUAUUAUUAUUAUUAUUAUUAUUAUUAUCAUCAUCAUCAUCAUCAUCAUCAUCAUCAUCAUCAUCAUCAUUAUUAUUAUUAUUAUUAUUAUUAUUAUUAUUAUAUUAUUAUUAUUAUUAUUAUUAUUAUUAUUAUUAUUAUUAUUAUUAUCAUUAUUAUUAUUAAUAAUAAGUUAUAGAUAAAGUAACUAAUUACACUUAAAUGCAUAUAUCAAAUGUCUACAGAUGUUGACCAUUGCAAUUCUAGACCUACCAUGGAUCGGAGAAUUCUGCCAUCAAUAUUGUCUAAGUGAAAUUUCUAUGUGUUCCUAUCUAAUUCGCAUUCAGCGAAUGAAUUGGUGCAGAUCGAUUGUGACUACAUGACUAUUUGGAUUGCUGUCGCCCGUUUUUAUAGUUGCGCAAUUCAAGUUAAUAUACAAAAGACUACCAGGAUGUAAUGGUAUCUACCGAUUAGAAUGUUUCCAAUUCAAACUGUUUAAAUAAAAAAUGUAUGAUAUCAAAGAAAACAUUUCAGAAACACGAAAUAUCAAAUGUUUAUAUACUAGUAUUAGAAAAUGUCAAAAUAUGCCAAUACCACUUUAUAAAUACUUACUGUGUCCGUGUAUUUCGUUUUCAUACCAUGUAUUAUAAGCAAACCUUUUUUAGAAUUGUAUAUUAAACAAUGGAACAUUAUAUGUGGAAACUGUAA